AUACUGUAUCUACUCUCAGGUUGUUUCAGCGCCCUGCGACUGAGUAAUAUACUCUACCCAGGCUGGAAAUCUAAAGAGGUUAAUUCGGCUGACUCCUCCCAGCGUUGCCAUUUCUCGUAUUGAUAAUCACACCACUUUUGCUUCGCCUUAAAAGUGAGAGGGCAGCUCGCGAGCACCGGAAAACCGCGAGGAGCUGUCUCCGUUACGCAUGGUGCUGAAAGUGCCACUCGCCGCAUCAUGUGGUCGGUCUUUUUUGUCUUUCUGUCUUAUCUUGACAGGAACUUCGUCAAGGGCGACCUCCUGAGUCGCGCUUUGGACGCAGAGAAGGAGAGCAAAGAGAUGUUCUCUAUGCUCAACGGCACCUUUUGCGCCAAAAUGUCAACCGUGCGGGAGAGCUUCCUCUACCAGGUGUCAGACGGAGCCGAAGUGGUGCGAUCCGUGGUCAGCCCCGCCGGAAGGCUUGGGAACUGUUCUGUCAUAGCGAACCAGAUGCAGGUGAAGUCGUUCAUGCACGAGUGCAGGUUGUGGCUGAAAGAAAACAGAGGCGGGCGGCAGCUGGAGACGCGCUUUGUGCACAUGGAUGAAGCCAAGCUGAUGUGCCGGGAGUUUAAAGAGAGGUCGGAGAGCAGAGGCAAGGUGAAGGGGGGUGGCAGUGAUGACUCUGCGCGGCGGGACAAGGUUUUAAAAAGAUCCAAGAGAGGCUUCACUUAUCCUGGGACCCUAUGGUGUGGAGCUGGAAACAUGGCUGAUCAUUAUGGCCAGCUGGGAGAUUUUGCAGAGACCGACAGCUGCUGCCGUAUCCACGACCACUGCCCUCACGUCAUCCACCCCUUCUCCUCUAACUAUGGCCACACCAAUUUCAAGUGGCACUCCAUCUGUCUUUGUGACUGUGAUAAUGCGUUGAAAGGUUGCCUGAGGAACGUCAACGACACAUCUUCCAGGGUAGUUGGUCAAGCGUUCUUCAACGUCAUUGGUGUGCCUUGCUUUGAGCUUGCCUAUGAAGAUCAGUGUGCAGAGCGGCACUGGUACGGCAUGUGUAAGCGUUAUGAGAAGUUUCCCAUUGCUGUGCUGAAAGAGGCGGUCCCAUAUGAUUUUGGUGGUAUCGACGUCAUUGAUGAGCUGACGGUGGCUCCUUCCAAGAAGGAAGAGUCCAAGAAGAACAAAGAAGAAGAGAAACCAGACAGUACAACACAGUCUACAAUGUCAGGCCCUGAGGAGCCUUCUCUUAGAAAUGUUGUCACCGCUGCCGAGGACUUCAUCAAGGUCCUCGCUACCGUCUCCACCUCUCAAAGCUCCACCACCGACUCCAAUAAAGGCGAGACGCAAAGCUCUGAGAAGAAGAAGAGGAAGAACCCAGGGAAGAAGAAGAAAACCACCAAAAAGCAAAAAGGAAAGAGAAAGGGAAAGGGGAGGAAAAGAAAGCAGAAAGCAGAGGAAGGGGCUGCAGUUUCACCCUCUGGCAGCAAAGCAGAAGAAGUCAUCGCUCUAAGUAACUUCAUCGGGGAGUCACACAAACACAAAAUGCCAAUUAGAAACACAAACAGAGUCGAUGACAGAGAAUAUAAGCUGGAAGGAAAAGACGAGCCUUUUAAUGAAGUCAUGAAAGAUGAACCAGCGCUAGAUAAGGACACCGUUUCCAUUACGUCACCUACAACAGUCCAGAAGAAACCAGCGGAGUCCACAGAAGAAAUCACUCCGUCUACGUUAACAACCACGACAACUGUUAGUCCACAUGAAGGACACACCAGAAGGCUCAGAAAGGGAGUGAGAAAGAAGAGCAAGAAAAUCUCUCUUCCUCCUUCUGCAGAGCUUGAAACGAACACAACAGACCACUUAAGAGCCGUUUCUUCCCCCACCAUUAUCACCAAAACCCCAACGGCACAGCCUGAGCAACAAAGCUCUGUUGUCAGCACUGCCAGUACCCCCAUUAUAAUCCCCAAAGUCAAAAGGAACAGGUCAAAGGAGAGAGGAGACAGAGAGGGGAGGAAAAAAAGGACGAAACUCAGCUCGGCUUCUUCCAUUGUGGCCGCUGCCCAUGAAAAUUCCUCCGUGGACAGUAUGAAAGUGAUCCCUCUCACUGCGGCUCCCACCGUACCAUCGGUGCCCAUCACAGAGCAGAAGGUUUCACACAGGAUGGAUGUUUACAGAAGUAACAAGACCGACAAAGGUACGGCUCUGAACUUUAGUGUUUUGAAAAGGCAAAAGCCGAAAGGAUCGAGAAGCAGAAGGAGGAAAACUCUUCUCAACGGCUCUGAAAAUGUGAUUCCUAUUCUUACAACUCAAGAGAAGAGUGAUGCACUGAACAGCCCUGCAACCACUUCUGCAGGAGAAACAGACAGUCACAGUGAAUGGAGGCUUUUUACAGCUAUCACAGCAGCCCCUUCUAUCAUUACAAAACGACACAGGCAGACAAUCAGACAGCAGAGAAAGCAAGGAAAGAAAGCCAUGGCUGCUUCUCUCAAAGAUGAAGCUUCUAUCCCUAAACAAACUGAGCAAACACCAAUGACUUUUACAUCCACACCACCCAAAGUCACCACCACUGAAGAGCUCAAUCUGCAGAUCAAUGAAAAGCCCCGCGGGACCACCUCAGCAACUCCCAUCAUGAGUCCAAUUCUGUUAUCAAUUGAGAGAGCAAAAGCACAGUUCACCAGGAAGAAGAGGAGGAAAGCAGCACUGCCUGUUAGACAGCAGUGAGCCAUGUGGUGCAACAGGAUAGGCUGAAAGAAAACUUAGCUGGCUAGACUAGCUCCUGUCAAUCAGAUAAACUUCUACAUCAAAAUAUUUACAGAAUAAUCUUUUCUGCUUCAGAAAUGGAAAUAAAUCACGUUUGAUUGUAAUGUGAGAAUCAUGUUUUGUCAUACUUUUUUCUGCAUGUCUAUAAUAAAAUUGAUGAAUGAUUAGCCUAUGUGAAUGUAUCUGCCAGUGCCGAUGUUUAUAUCUAGUGAUGGAAUAAACAAAAUAAACAAAA